AUGAACUCACCGCCGACGUUUGAAUCAUUUUUAUUGUAUGACGGGGAAAAAAAAAUUGUCAAGGAAUUGGACACAAAAGUCAUGAAUGCAGCAAUAUUCACUAUAAACAAAGAAGAUCACACAUUGGGAAACAUGAUCAGAAAUCAACUACUUAAAGACCCCAAAGUACUAUUUGCCGGAUAUAAACAACCACAUCCUUUGGAACAUAAAUUUGAACUUCGUGUACAAACAAAAAGUUCUGAAUAUACACCACAAGACGCUUUAACAAAUUCUGUAACUGAUCUUUUGACCGAACUUUCAUUGUUUGAAGAACGUUUCAAGGAUGCUUUAAAACAGAAAAAAGACGAAAGUUUCGAAUGA